AUGUCUGACUUCAUUCACAAAGUCAAGGAGGCCGUGACAGGCGACAAGCAUGACAAGCAUGACAAGCACGACUCCCACUCUGCCCACAAUGACUCUUACGACUCCAACGACGCCAACAAGCCGACUCCCGCGUAUAUAGUGACCGCGAGUGCCGAUAUUGGCACGAGCACGGGUGCAUCCACCGGCCGUGGAGAUGGCACCGGAUUGACCCAUGCAGGAUCUCACGACUCGAGCGUCACCAACAAAGCUGGCGCCCGCGUGGACAAUAACUUCAAUCAGCGCCGUGCUUCGGAUGGAGUGACUGGCGGCAACUACAGUACUGGUAACAACUACAGCACCGGCAGUAACUACGGUACUGGUGCAACCACCGGUGCAUACAACAACAGCGGAUAUGGCACUGGCACGAGCAGCUCCAACUUGACAAACAAGGCCGACUCACGCCUUGACAGUGACAGGGGAAACUAUGGCACCACUGGCAUGACUUCAGCUUCUGCUGCUGGAGGAAGCAGCCACAAAUACAACACGCGCUCCUCCACCAAUAAUGCCGGUCUUUACGACUCCAACCUGGCCAACAAGCUGGAUCAGAGAAUUGACUCGAACCUGGACAACAACAGCAGCAACAGCAGCAGCAACCGCCCUCUCCACCAGAGCUUCGGCGGCGGCGACGCGCCCGCAAGCAGCAGCUACGCCACUCCGGGCUCUGGGAACUACACCCAGAAGACUAAGAAUGCUGGCCUCCAGGACUCGAAGCUCCUGAACAAGCUCGAUCCUCGCGUUGACUCUGAGAAACUCGACAAUGCCAGCCGCACGGCUGUGGGUGGUGGAUAUGAUACUCGUUAUUAA